UCUUACAGAUGGGACAGUCCUCCGCAAGAUGGUUGCUGUGUGAAGAUGUGCAACGGUGGUGGGGAAGUCGGUUAUUGGUGUCCAAGUCAUAGUAACGGUGUGCCUAGUUCAGAUUUCGACAAAGUUGUUAUCGGUUGUAAUGAAGAACAAUUACUUUGUUCUUGA